GUCUGGCUCGACAGCGGGCAUCGGGUAACCAGGCAUCAGGUCAUUUGGCUCGACAGCGGGCACCGCGUCAUCUGGCAAGGCAGUGGACACCGAGUCACCAGGCACGACAGUGGGCUCUGAGUCAAUUGGCAGGACAGCGGGCACUGGGUCAUCAGGCAUGACAGCGGGCACUGGGUCAUCAGGCAUUGGAUCGUCUGGCUCCACAGCGGGCAUCGGGUCACCAGGCGUGAUAGGAUCAUCAGUAGAGAUGAGCGAAUUAUUCAAAAAUUCGAUUUGGCUGAUUCGGCGAAUUCGCGGAAUAAAUUCGAUUCGAGUCGAAUAUAUUCGCUGCGAA